AUGUUGGGAAGCGGGGGGGUUUCGGACGGGUACGAGGUCGGCUCAAAGAGACCAAGAAUGAUGGACUCGAAUCCCUACUUCGCAGUGAGCAGCGGCACAAGUGGCUUUCAACCUUACAACUAUGGUGGGGGUUAUCAGCCCCCUGCCUUUCCUGUGGCCCGUCUCAGGGGGCUUCCUUUCAACUGCACUGAUAUCGACAUCUUCAAGUUCUUUGCGGGACUGGAUAUUGUUGAUGUGUUGCUGGUCAACAAGAAUGGACGCUUCUCAGGAGAGGCCUUUGUAGUCUUUGCCGGACCCAUGCAGGUUGAGUUUGCUCUUCAUAGAGAUCGUCAGAACAUGGGGCGGAGGUAUGUCGAAGUUUUCCGGUGCAAGAGGCAGGACUACUACAAUGCUGUUGCAGCGGAGGUAAACUAUGAAGGUAUUUAUGAUAAUGACUAUCAAGGAAGUCCUCCUCCAUCUAAAUCAAAGAGGUUCAGCGACAAGGACCAAAUGGAGUACACUGAGAUAUUGAAGAUGCGCGGUCUCCCCUUCUCUGUUAAAAAAUCUGAAAUUCUUGAUUUUUUUGGAGAAUUCAAGGUUGUAGAAGAUAGGGUGCAUAUUGCUUGCCGCCCGGAUGGAAAAUCUACUGGAGAGGCAUAUGUUGAGUUUGUUUCUGCGGAAGAGGCCAAAAAGGCAAUGUGCAAGGACAAGAUGACAAUUGGGUCGAGGUAUGUGGAGCUGUUUCCAUCGACACCAGAUGAAGCUAGACGGGCUGAAUCCAGAUCAAGGCAGUGA